AUGUGGAACGACGAAGAUAACAACCCGUACGGCGCAUUCGAUAGCGAAGCCCGGCUAUCGGAAUCACUGCAUUCUACCACCAUCGAAUCCCCUCUGUACAAUGCCGACUACCCCCCUCCGCCUUCCAGCCACUCCUCCAAUCCCGACAUUUCAGACUUCUCCCAAAAUCCAGAACAGAGCGAUGACGACGAUGGAAACUAUGCUGCGCAGCAGAGCGGUGUCGGUUACUCUCGCAAGAGCGUAUACGAUAGCCGCAUAGAGCAGCUACUCUACGAGAAUCCGGAAAUGCCGAUUCUUAUCACCGACGCCGGGAAGAACCAUGAGGGCGGGGGAGGCUUCAUUGUGUACACAAUACGGACUGGAGAUUUGGAAGUUCGGCGACGGUACUCGGAAUUCUCUUCGUUGCGGGCUACGCUCGUAAGCCUCCACCCAACUCUGAUCGUUCCUCCAAUCCCGGACAAACAUACUAUAGCCGACUACGCUGCGAAACCAACCAAAGCCAAGGAAGAUGCUACGAUUAUUGAUCUCCGGAAACGAAUGUUGGCGGUCUUCCUGAACCGGUGUCGGAGAAUGAAAGAAGUCCGAGAAGAUGGCGUUUGGUGGAGGUUUUUGGAUCCUAAUGUUAGCUGGAGUGAGGUCUUGAAUACUCACCCUGCCUCCUCGGUGCCCAAGAAUAACCUCAAGGCACCCCCUCUUGACCCUGCAAACCCAACGGCCGCGCAUGCUUGGCUUCCAACCCCCUCUGCAUCUGCGAAGCUGAAGAACACGCCCGGGACGGCUACAUCGCCGAUCGCAGAAACACCAGGCCCAGAUAUUCUAGGCCGUUUCCCCCCUGAAUCGCGCAAGCUGAGCGAAAAAGAACUAGAUCCGUAUUUUACCAAUUUUGAAGCUUCUACUCGAGAGUUAGAGCUCCUCCUCCAGGGCAACAUGGAGAAAGUGAAUCGCCGCACGCUUGCUCAUCUGUCCGGAUUGUCCGCAGAUUUGAUGGAGCUGGGUGCUCGUUACAAUGGAUUCUCUCUUUCUGAGCAAUCUCCGACCGUGGCGACUGCUAUUGAACGGGUUGGACAAGCAGCGGACACUUCCUACAUUGAGACGGAAGAGCUGUCACUCGCGCUCAGCGCGAACUUUGCGGAGCCAAUGAGAGAGAGCGCCCAGUUUGCGAGUGUGGUCCGUAAUGUUCUACGAUACCGAGUGCUUAAGAGGGUGCAGGAAGAUAUGACAAGGGAUGAGCUGGCCAAGAAGAGGACUCUACUGGAGUCUCUGGAAAGGAGCGAGCAGGAGGCAAAACGUAUUGAGCAGUACCUUAACCGAAACCCACCACAGGCACCAACAAAACCUCAGCGAUCCCUAUCAACGUCUUCGGCAACUAGCAGUCAGGGAGGCACCGAGGGGGAGUCGCGGCCGAGUGGAGAGGACACAGCCUCCAUUGACUCUGAUUUUCCGCCAACGCAUGCCGAGCAUCCGUCUGCGACGGCGCAGCGGUACCCGGAUCCUGGACCGACGUCACCCCAGGCACAUCGCAAAACGUCGAGUGGGAAUUUUGUUGCUAACAAGAUCUUCGGCCGCAUCAGUCAUGCGGUCCAUGGAUUCGUGGACGUCGAUCCCGAGCGGACACGGCGGGACCAAAUCGGGAAAACUAAAGAAAGCUUGGUCCAGCUGGAGCAAGCGUUAGGGGUGUCAGAGAAAGACGUCAAGGACGCCAGUGCUGGGGUCUUGCACGACCUGAAGCGAUUCCAAAAGGAUAAGGAAGGAGACCUCCGCCGGUACAUGGUAUGUGUAGAUCCCUCAAGAGGUUUUACCCAACUGACACAAGGACAGGUCGCCUACGCACGCUGCCACCUCGACUGGGCUCGCAAGAAUCUCGAGACGUGGACGGAGGCGAAAGACGAGGUGGACAAAAUCGAGGUCCGGUAA